AUGGCUGACGAUCUGAGAAUCGCACUGGGUAAAUCCAAAAUUGACACCAGCCAACAUAGCACACGUUGGCCCUUCUGGGCAGAGGCUGUGGCCGCCUACCAAUCCGGAUGGCGGAUGCCAGAGAAACGUGCCCCCGUCGUCAUCAGCCCCGACGGCCCAGUUUCUACUCCCGAGAAGCUACAGGAGCUGGCUGAGCUACCUUCAGUCCCCGAAGUCGUGGGCACCACUAAGACCACGCUACGCGCUAGAGACUCCGAUGCCGACAGGAGUAAGGACACGGAAAAGGUUCAGAUAUGCGAAGUCAACUGGGAGCAGCUGGACAGAAUCAAUGAGCGUGCGGAAUGCGAAGAAAUUUACGUUUGGUUCGAGGAUGCCCAAAGGGCCGCCGUCGUGAUACUGUCACUCAAGGCACCGGAACACGCAGUAUCAGAGAUCACCGGACCAUCGCCUAACCCGUCUCCUCCCAUCCCCACCAAGGAUGGCGAGGUUCGAGACGGUAGCGGCUAG